AUGGUCGUCGACAUCAAACGCCUCCAGGAUCUUUGCUCCGUUUGUCAAGAUCGUGGCGGAAAGGACGACAAUGGGGACCCAAUCGUCAGAACCGGAUUCGCAGCGAUUGACGAGGAGGAGAACGCCUACUAUGGAGUGAAAGUCGGCAUCUCCAUGCGCGAAUUGACGGUGGACAUUGUCCGCGAGAAUCUCGGACCGAUCCAGGAUGAAGAAAUCUAUCCACCAUUCCCUGGAGAUGGUAACCUGACUGUCGCUCCCAAAGAUACCACUGGCUUCUAUGUCAAGCGCACCGCGUGGGCUACAUAUCUGGACUUUAAAGGAGGCGAAUUCCUGCCCAAGCUCAUGCUCCAGGAGGCCAAGACUAUGGAGUUUCUCCUACAAAAUCCUCAUCCAAAUAUCAUCAAAUACUAUGGCUGUCAUGUAAAACGUGACCGUAUCACCGGCCUCGUAUUACAGACUUUUGAGUUCCCUCAUGACCUUGGCUUCGUCAGUUCCCGCCCUGAUCUAUUCAAGGGUAAACUUGACAAAGAUUGCAUCUUAGCUGGCAUUCGGUCGGGGCUUGACCAUCUUCACUCACUAGGAUGGGCACACAACGAUAUUAAUCCGGCGAACAUAUUGAUAGAUGAUGCCGGGGAGCCUAAGCUGAUUGACUUUGGUUCAUGCCAACCGUUUGGGGCACACCUAAUGUCAUCUGGCACCAAAGGCUGGUGCAAGGAGACAUUUUUCCAUUCUGCGAAAGAGAACGACGAGUACAGCUUUGAAGUUUUUAAGCCAUGGCUUGAUGAGAUGGUAUUAAAGGUCGAAGAGAGCGUUGUAUCUCACAAGAGUUGGGAAAUGAAGUUACAAGAUGUGCCGCCAUUAUGA